AUGGAGAAGAAAGAGUUUUGGAUAAACUUGAGAGACGAAGACUUAACCGAAGAAACAAAGACUCUAUUCUCUUCACUUCCUUCAGAACAGUACCUUGGUCGAGACCUCUGCAACUACCAAGGUUCUUGGUACUACGACAGCUUUCUCCAAGGUGUCCUCAAUUUCCAGAGAGGUUUUCAGCCUCAAGACACCGAUGUCAUCAUCGCGUCCUUCCCCAAAUGCGGUACCUUAUGGCUCAAGUCACUCACAGUUGCGCUCUUCGAGAGGUCAAAGAACCGUUCUUCCGAUGAUCCUACGAGCCAUCAUCACCAUCCUCUUUUAUCCAAUAAUCCUCACAACCUCGUACCGGUUCUCGAGAUGAAUCUAUACCGGGACACCCAAAACCCGGACUUGACGACCAAGCUCUCGUCGUCGUCCCCAAGGCUGUUCUCUACUCACACGCCUUUCCAUACGCUGCAAGAAGCUCUCAAGGACUCUCCUUGCAAGAUAGUGUACAUCUGCAGGGAUGCUAAGGAUUCUCUGGUGUCACGUUGGCAUAUCAUCUGUCGCUGUCUGAAUAGAGAAGAGGACAGAAGCAUUCUUGAGUCUAUGUUCGAAUCCUUUUGCAGCGGAGUUUGCUUGUUUGGUCCGUUCUGGGAUCAUAUCCUGAGUUAUUGGAAAGGUAGUGUGGAAAACCCAAAACAUGUGCUUUUUAUGAGGUACGAUCAAAUGAAAACAGAUCCUCAUGGUCAGCUCAAGAAACUUGCAGAGUUCUUGGGUUGUCCCUUUUCUGAGGAAGAAGAAAAUAAUGGAUCUGUGGCUAAGAUCUUGGAGAUGUGUUCUCUGUCUAACCUUGGAAGCUUGGAGGUUAACAAGACCGGAAAAUCGAUCAAUGGCAUAGACUACAAAAACCAUUUCCGCAAAGGGAUAGUUGGUGACUGGAAAAAUCAUCUUACUCUGGAAAUGGGGAACGAAAUCGACAUGAUCAUGGAGGAGAAGCUCAAAGAUUCCGGUUUGAAGUUCUAA